AUGAUCCAUUUUCGUCUUACCUAUUUCACCACCUUCAUCAAUUUCACAACCGAUUUCACAGCCUAUUUCACCACUUUCACAGCCUAUUUCACCAAUUUCACCAAUUUCACAACCGAUUUCACAGCCUAUUUCACCAAUUUCACCAAUUUCACAACCGAUUUCACAGCCUAUUUCACCACCUUCAUCAAUUUCACAACCGAUUUCACAGCCUAUUUCACCAAUUUCACCAAUUUCACAACCAAUUUCACAGCCUAUUUCACCACUUUCACAGCCUAUUUCACCAAUUUCACCAAUUUCACAACCAAUUUCACAGCCUAUUUCACCAAUUUCACCAAUUUCACAACCGAUUUCACAGCCUAUUUCACCACCUUCAUCAAUUUCACAACCGAUUUCACAGCCUAUUUCACCAAUUUCACCAAUUUCACAACCAAUUUCACAGCCUAUUUCACCAAUUUCACCAAUUUCACAACCGAUUUCACAGCCUAUUUCACCAAUUUCACCAAUUUCACAACCAAUUUCACAGCCUAUUUCACCACUUUCACCAAUUUCACAACCGAUUUCACAGCCUAUUCUUGGUCGAAAGAAAUUUCUCGCAAGAAUUUCUUGAGACCGUCAGAACAAAAUAGGAAAUGUUAUUAUGCUAAUCCAGAGAGAAGUAUUCAUGAGCAUCAAAGAACUGGUCAAGAGAAUCCAAAAGAACCGUUGAUGUGA